AUGUCCUCUUCAAACUGCGUUUCAACUUACUUCAUGGCUGAAAAAUUCGAUAAUUCCGAACUGUUAGACAGUGCACGGAAGUUCAUCUUAUCAAAUUUCGCCAAAGUUGCACAAACAGAAAAUUUCUUACGUCUACCGAGUCACGAAGUUGAACAAUUAGUGUCCAGCGACGAUGUUGUUGUCAACUCAGAGGAAGAUAUUGUUAAAGCAAUUAUAAAGUGGACUAUUCUCAAGAAAAGUGAAAGAAGCAAAGAAUUCUGUAAUCUCUUCCGUCACGUUCGAUUGACCUUUUUGUCGCGUGACUUUUUGCUGAAUAAUGUUGUGACAAACGAACUUGUGACAGAAAAUGAAGACUGUGUUGAUCGCGUGAACAGCGCGUUGGCUUGGAUGGAUCGGAAAACCGAUUGUGACCUUUCCCGGCCAUAUUCUCCGAGAAAGGCUUUGGAGAAAUGUGUUAUUGCGAUAUGGGGAGAGGACAAACCAUUCCGCCCUCUUUUCUAUGUUCCUGAAAAUAAUGAUUUUUGUCACCUUCCGGGCAUGACCGAACCAGACUGUGUGCCACAGCAUGUUUUCUCGUGCCGAGGAAAACUAUUCUUUGUUGCCCAGGAAGUAAAUAAAUCGCAGUAUUAUGACCCAGAUUUUAAUUGCUGGCGUCCGGCUCCAUGGACCAAGACCGAUUCAAGGGUAAAUUGGUGCAAAACUAACCGGCAAGAGAUAGGCAAACUAUUCUUUCGGGCAGUAGUUGUUGUCGAAAACGAAAUCUGUUUCAUCGAGGACAACCUACAAACGUAUUCAAGCUCUCUCUGUAAAUUUAACUUGGACACGAAUUUCACGACUCGUUCGAAGGACUGGGUAACAACAAUCAGGACUUGUCUUGUCACUCUGGGCCAGUACAUCUACGUCAUUGGAGGGACUAAAUCUGAUGUAGAUAUUGUCGCCCAUUGCUCUAGGUAUGACAUCGUGGAAAAUACUUGGCAGAAAUUAACGAACUUACGUUUGGCAAGAUUUAGAGCCCUUGGAGUUGCAACACAAGAAAAGAUUUACGUCGGCGGAGGAUGGCUUGACUUUGGCGGUGAGAUUACCAAUACGUGUGAAGUUUAUAGUGUAAUAACAGAUGAGUGGCAUUUGAUGGGUGGUUUAACAGUUCCUCGGGAUAUUGGAAACAUGCUAUCGAUUGAUGAAUCUUUGUACGCGUUGGGUGGAGUUUGCCAUCCCGUCCUCGGCAAGAUAUGGUCAGUUGAAAGCUACGAGCAUGGAAAAGAUGAGUGGAGAGAAAACAGGCAUAUCCUUGACAUUCACAAAAUUAUGACGUUCAGGGCGUGUACCUUUAGAAUGUUGAAUGACGUGUCAGUCAAGCUGAAGCACCAUGGCAACUGUUAA